GAGGUUUCUCUGCCUGCUCUCUUUCACAACCACCAUCUACCUUUCCCUCCUUUUCACUUCUCCGGUCGUUCUCGCGUUCAUACCCCGCGUACGCCAAGAAAAAACGAAACAUGCCACCCAAGAAGGCCGUAGUAGAAAAAAAGACUUUGCUUGGUCGUCCCAGUAACAAUUUGAAGAUCGGCAUCGUAGGGUUGCCCAAUGUCGGAAAGUCGUCUUUCUUCAACGUCCUCUCCAAGACAGAACUGGGUAUAGCGCGUAACUAUCCCUAUGCCACAAUCGAUCCCGAGGAAGCUCGUAUACCUGUUCCUGAUGAGCGAUUCGAGUGGCUUUGCCAGACCUACAAGCCCAGUGCUCGCAUUCCCGCGUUCCUCACAUGUAUUGAUAUCGCCGGUCUGACAGCAGGCGCAUCAACUGGUGCAGGUCUCGGUAACGCUUUCUUGUCACACGUACGCGCUGUCGAUGGCAUUUUCCAAGUCGUUCGAGCGUUCGAUGAUUCUGAAGUCAUCCACGUCGAAGGCGAGGUCAACCCUCUUCGGGAUAUGGAGAUUAUCCAGACCGAGCUCAGACUCAAGGAUAUUGAGUGGGUCGAGAAGUAUCUCGAGGGGUUGAAGAAAACCGGGCGGUCAUUGGGAAGCAACAGUUUGGCUGACAGAGCUAGGAAAGAGGAGAUUGCGACCGUUGAGAAAGUCUUGAAGACAAUUACUGUGGACGAGAAAGACGUCCGUAAGGCUGACUGGACAAACAAAGAGAUCGAUGUCGUCAACAACUUGCAACUUCUCACUGCCAAACCCGUCACGUAUCUAGUCAACUUGAGCGAGAAAGACUACGUACGCAAGAAGAACAAAUGGCUGCCGAAGAUCAAAGCCUGGAUUGACGAGCACAAUCCUGGCGACCCGCUCAUCCCUUUCUCUGUUUCCCUGGAAGAACGUCUAGUGAACAUGUCAGAAGAGGAGCGUGAAGAAGAGCAGAAGAAGAUCGGUGCCGUCAGUGCGCUUCCGAAGAUCACUCAAGCAGGUUACGCUAGUCUCGAUCUUAUUCGGUACUUUACUUGUGGACCUGUCGAAGUCCGGGCAUGGACAAUUCGAAGAGGGACGAAAGCACCACAGGCUGCCGGUGUCAUCCACUCGGACUUUGAGAACAAGUUCGUGUGUGGUGAAAUCAUGAGCUAUGAGGACCUUCACGAGUACGGAAGUGAAGCUGCUGUGAAGGCUGCUGGCAAGCUCCGACAACAGGGCAAGCCUUACGAGAGUGAGUUUUUUGUUCCCAAUCACCGCCGUACCUUGUCUGACUUUUGCAGUGGCCGACGGAGACAUUGCGUACUGGAAGUCUGGUGCAUGAUCUGUAGAGGCAAGACGUGUAUAUCACUGUAGAGACUAGCAAAUGUAUUGAUUCUAUUGGAUUUGAAGUCUUUGCGUCCAUU